AUGGCUUGUAUUCAUGAUAUUGUUCGACAUGGAUUCUGUAGCCAAUGCAAAUCGGCUGUGGACGCUCGUCACUAUGCUCUCAUACCUUUCAGUUACCUUGGCAACGGUCUACAGUUUCGUCCCGAAUUUGUGGGGACUACGAAACGCCAUGUUUGGAUGAAGUCGCUGAAGGAAAAGAGGCUUACUUUAGUCCUUGGUCUACACGGCACGCUCUACGACUCCCGCCUAGUUUCACAACUCUCAGACGGAGAGAAUUAUUUAACAGGAGAAGUCAAGUCAAGGUUUGAUCUGCGGCGAUCAAAAAAAUUCUUCCCUAAUCAAGGCGAGGUUUUGUUUAAGCUACGACCGUUCGUUCACGAAUUCCUUCGUGAAGCGAACAAGCUGUUCCAGAUGACUGUGUUCGAGCUUUGCAGCCCUGAACAAGGGGAAGAAGUUAUAUCGUUUCUUGAUCCUCACGGAACUUACUUUGAAAAACGCAUCAUCACAAAUAGAGACAGCGAGAUGAAGAAUCUAGAUCUUGUUUUGGCUGACGAGCGUGGGAUUGUCAUCCUAGACGACAAGCACGUGUAUUGGUGGCCCGAUGACACAACAAACCUACUGCAGAUCGCACCGUACCACUUUUUCAAGCGCAACAACAACAAUACUUGGAUCACUAAACUUGUGAACUUUUUUAAGAAAACGUUGUCCAUAGACGACGAAAGUGACCCAAAGUCAUACGCAGAAGAGAGAAGAGAUGAGGACGCAGAGGAUGGUGGGUUGGAGAAUGCUCUUGAAUUACUUAAAGAGGUGCACAAGAAUUUCUUCGAUGAGGAAGAUGAGGAUUCAAGAGAUGUGAGGGCGUUGCUUUUCCCUUGA